CACCCCUCCUUGUGAGUGUGUAUGUGUGUAUGUAUGUGUGCGUGUGUGUAUACACACACACUGCAGGCGCGUGUAGCUGACCACACUGUGCUCACAGCUAUGUGUGAAGACACGCACAGCACGCCAAAGAAUCAGCAACACUGAUUCUAAUGCUCGCUUUCUUCCAGGACUGAUCGCAUUGCAGACCCAUCCCACUCUCUCUCUCUCUCUCUCUUUCUCUCUCUCUCGCUCUCUCUCUCUCUCUCUCUCUCUCUCUCUAUCUUACACUCUGUUUCCCCGUGUCUCUCUCUUCCUUGUACUUGUACAAGCGUGUAGAGCUGGAAAGGAGGAAAAAACCCCUCGCUCUCUUUCUCUCACUCUCUUGCUCUCGCUUUCUCUUUCUCUCUAUCUUUGUGUCCUGCGGUGGGAUAAGCUGUGAGAGGAUGAGCCCCUGAUCCAGCGCUGGACCCGAGUGACCUGACAGCUCAAACUAAUCUUAUCCAGACAAGGCGAAGUUCUGUGGGCUGAAAUCCAGUUUCGGGAAGCAGUGGAGAACAUCCAGUCUUCAAAGUGAAACAUUUCUGAUCUGGUUGAUCAGACACCGUUACUUGCUACGUUCAGAGUGGGCCUUCUCUCCUCAGAGUCAGAGAGCUGUGUGGCAGCCGUGAGUGUUCAUCACCGUUCAGCCACAGGCAGCUGUACAUGGAGACCCCCAGCUGGGCAGAAUCGAAACCAGGAAACGGGUUGUGUAAAACCGGAAACAUUGCUCUCUUUGGAAACGUAGUGUACAGUGGGUUGCUGAACGAUCACUUCUGGCAUUUUGGGGUUCCCCUUGUCACAAGACUGGGUAACCAGGAGGCACCAGCCCCUCCAGAGGCCAUGGCACAGCCGUAUGCCCCUGCGCAAUACCCCCCUCCCCCACCUCAGAAUGGGCUACCUGGCGAGUAUGCCCACCCCGGGCAGGAGUACACAGGGCCAAACCCGGUGCCUGAGCAUGCAGCUGCCCUCACCAUCUAUACAACUACACAGACACACAGUGAUCCAACCGGUACUGAGAACAACACGUCCUCCCUCACAGCACCCAGCAACGUACCAGCAGAUGAUGUGGUGCAGACAGAGGGCUCCCAGCAGCUCCAGCUCCAGCCCUCAGACUCUUCAGAGAAACAGCAGCCCAAGCGGUUACAUGUCUCCAACAUUCCAUUCCGCUUCCGUGACCCGGACCUCCGGCAAAUGUUCGGGCAAUUUGGGAAAAUUUUAGAUGUGGAAAUUAUUUUUAACGAGCGGGGCUCUAAGGGCUUUGGUUUUGUAACUUUUGAAACAAGUGCAGAUGCAGACCGUGCCAGGGAGAAACUAAAUGGUACAAUCGUAGAGGGACGCAAAAUCGAGGUAAAUAAUGCAACAGCACGAGUAAUGACAAACAAAAAAGUGGCUAACCCCUACACAAAUGGCUGGAAACUGAACCCAGUAGUGGGAGCUGUCUAUGGUCCUGAAUUUUAUGCAGUCACAGGCUUCCCAUAUCCAACUACAGGGGCAACAGUGGCAUAUAGAGGUGCCCACUUGAGAGGCCGGGGUCGUGCAGUCUACAACACGUUCCGUGCCGCACCUCCACCUCCUCCCAUCCCUGCUUACGGAGCUGUGGUUUACCAAGAUGGCUUCUAUGGUGCUGAGAUCUAUGGUGGCUAUGCGGCAUACAGGUAUGCCCAACCAGCCGCAGCAGCUGCAGCAGCUUACAGUGACAGCUAUGGCAGAGUCUAUGCAACAGCAGACCCUUAUCACCACACGAUUGGACCUGCAGCCACAUACAGUGUGGGCACUAUGUAAAUAAAAGAGAAAAAGAGGGAUCAUAGAAGAGGCGGACAUCGGCUAAAUAGUGGACGACAAGAAGGAUUAAGGUGGCGAUACAAAACAAAACACAUAAAAAUACAAAAACACAUAAAAAGAAGGAUCCCUUCAACCAAGGCUGUGAGUUGGAGGCAUCAUAUCUUGAUGGAGACAUGAAUGACAGCCAAGCUGUGAAGCGGAAGAAGAAUUAGCCUUCACCUGUGACAGCCUGGCUGGGUGGAGGACGAGACAAGAGCUCAUCAUAAAAACUUUUUUUAUUUUUCUAAACUUUUUUAAGUUUGUGAUCUCAAAAAGAGUAAAAGAUGAGUGUAUAUAUAUAAAUAUAUAUAAAUCUAUAUAGCGAUAUAUGUAUGUAUAAAUAUGUUAGAAAAUGUUACAAAAAAAAAACUCAGCAGAGGUAAACGAUGCAUGAAUGCAGCGCUGUUGGAGAGGGGGGUUGAGGGGACAUGGUUGUUUCCUCACCCCCUCCUCCUUUUGCAGACUAGCUUAUCCUGCCCUUAAGACUGGUUGGAGGGAAAAGGGUAAGACAAGUGGGCUGCAACCUCUUUAGACACAAGUCUGGCAGCCUGGCUUCGUCUAGGGCUCCAGUGUGUGGUAGGCCUGAGUCUUCCAUCACUGACCUUCUGCUAUGGGUCAGAAGUGACAGCUAAUGCCUCGGUGGACAAAGGCUAAGUUCCUGUUGAACAGCAUUACAUCCCAGAGAGAAAAGGUCAAGGGCCUUUAGUCAUUGAUGUAGGCCUGAAAAAGAAACUUUUAUUCACUCCUUCGCCCUCCAUUUCUCCUAAAUGUCAGUAUCGUUGGCUUAAAGCAGUUUUAUAAACUUGACAUGAAUUUGAAAAGAAAUCAUUUUUAAUUUGAAUUUUGCAAAUAUAGAUCCACUGUACUGUAAUUACGUUUCAUGCCAAUGUCAAGAGAUGAUACUUUUAAAAGACUUUAAAGUUUGUUAAGACCUUGUAAUAUUAUAAUUUAAAUAGGAGAGGCAGGUCGAGUCAAGAAACUGUAAAUAUACCACCAAAAGCCUGUCCACGAAAACAAAAAAGAGUGCAAGAGAUGUCUUUGAGGUCGUUCCCAUGCAGCGUGUGAUAAAUUGUCAUUAUGCAUACUUUAAUGGUUAUGGAUAAGUGUGGCAAUUGCCAAAGCUACAAGACCAUCUAAUGACCAUCUCCAUCCCUAAAUGAGAAGAUAGAGUUCAUACAGGCAUUCAUGCUGUCUGACAACCCUCUGUUUUCAGUAGCACAAUGUGUAAAGGCCCAGUGAAGAAAAAUGGGCGCACUGAGACAUACGAGGCUGUGUGUGUGUGUGUGUGUGUGUGUGUGUGUGUGUGUGUGUGUGUGUGUGUGUGUGUGUGUGUGUGUGUGUGUGUGUGUGUGUGUGUGUGUGUGUGUGUGUGUGUGUGUGUGUGAUAUAGUGUGUCGGCCUGGAAUGGUCACAGUGGAGUAAGUGGGAAA